AUGCACCACCGGCACCUCUCAACCGGCUACCCACCUCGGAACGUCUUCAAUGGGGUCUCAAGCGGCCUACUUCUGGUGCUCGUCUCCGCACUGCUGAUCUCUUCAGUUGCCGCCACGCAGAUCCGGAGCACUAACAACUCGCAACUCGUUGGCAUCGACCGUCAGCCCAGGGAUGGUGGCAUAACGUGCCCGGAAUUUCGCCCGUUUGUUUGCUACGUCUAUGAGGAACUUGGCCAGGACUACCCGGCAUGGCUCAAGAAAGUUGGGGAUGACAGUGAUGCAGAUAAGAUGAAGGCCGAUCAGAAGGCCAUCGUACAAGCCGACGAACUGCUUGAUUGCGACAAGAACCCGUUCUACAAGGAGCUGGGCAACGAAUCGCUGACCGUCACCAAGUUGCAGCUUUGCACUGAGGUCGAUCCGAACCAGAAAUUCUGCUUGUCCACUGAAGAUGAUGACAAAACGCUGAUGGUCAUCAUCGUCGUGGCCGUCGUCGGCACCGUGUUGUUGAUCGUCGGUGCCGUCGGAUUGUGGUUGUGGGUGCGCUCACGGCGCCAAAAGCGUGAAAAGAAAGAGCCUGUCAACUCCCCGAAGAGCCAAGGAACCAAGAAUAACUCUGGCGAGGACGAGAAGUCGGCCGAA